AAGGUAGUGGGAUUGCUAUCUGCAAGAAAGCAACACAGAGUGAUAAAGUUGCAAUGAAAAAGUUAGAAGAUGCCUAUGAAGAGAAAAAAAACAAUUCAAAAGCGAAAGAAGUCGGGUUGCCAUGUGAAGCUGGCAAUCCCUUAAAGAGGAGAAAACCAGCUUCAAAUCCUAUUCAAAAAGCUUUUGGUGUGGAAAUAAGGGACCAACUUGAUGAGGAGAUAGCAAGGAUGUUCUAUACUGGAGGUUUACCUUUCAAUCUUGCAAGAAACCCGCACUACCAUAGGGCUUUCCAGUUUGCUGCAGAGAACAAAAUUGAAGGGUAUGUACCUCCUAACUAUAAUAGGCUUACAACAACCAUGCUACAAAAGGAAAAGGAGAAUGUGCACAAGUUAUUGGAACCGAUUAGGUUAUCAUGGAAAGAGAAAGGCGUGUCUAUUGUCAGUGACGGUUGGACAGAUCCUACAAGAAAGCCUUUAAUAAACUUCAUGGCUACCUCAAGUAAUGGUCCUUUAUUUCUAAAGGCGGUUAAUUGUUUUGGAGAAGUCAAAGAUAAGUUUUUUAUUGCUAAUCUGAUGAAAGAAGUUAUCAACGAGGUUGGUCAUGAAAAUGUUGUGCAAAUCAUCACCGACAAUGCCGCAAAUUGUAAGGCGGCUGGAGAGAUUGUCACGAGUGAGUUUACUCGCAUCUACUGGACACCGUGCGUGGUACAUACGCUUAAUCUUGCAUUGAAGAAUAUAUGUUCACCAAGGAAUGUGGAAACCAAUGAAACAACAUAUGAUGAAUGCAAAUGGAUAACAGAAGUUCACAUGGAUGCGGUUGCAAUAAAAAACUUUAUCAUGAACCAUAACAUGAGACUCUCCAUUUUAAGUAAGUUUACACCUCUUAGAUUGCUUUCGGUUGCUGAUACUCGUUUUGCUUCAAUUGUUGUGAUGCUUAAGAGAUUCAAACUUGUCAAACGGGGUCUACAAGCUAUGGUUAUAAGUAAUGAAUGGGCUUCUUAUAGAGAGGAUGACACGGUGAAAGCUAACUCUGUUAAAGAGAAGAUUUUGGAUGACGAUUGGUGGGAUAAAGUAUCAUACAUUCUUAGUUUUACUGAACCAAUAUAUGAUAUGAUUAGAUUUUGUGACACCGACAAACCAUGUCUACAUUUGGUGUAUGAGAUGUGGGAUUCAAUGAUUGAGAAGGUGAAGGCCGUGAUCUACAAGAAAGAAAAACGUCCCUUAUCCACUCGUAGUAUCUUUUAUGAUGUUGUGUAUCAAGUUUUAGUGGCUCGGUGGACGAAGAAUAACACUCCGCUACAUUGUUUAGCACACUCUUUAAAUCCAAGAUAUUAUAGUGACGCAUGGUUACUUGCGGAUAAGAAAAGACUCCCUCCUCAUAGGGAUGGCGAAAUUUCAGAUGAGAGGAAGACUUGUUUUAAGAGAUUGUUUCCUAAUGAUGAUGAGCAUGAUAGAGUCUUGGAUGAGUAUGCUUUGUUUUCAAUGAAGUCUGGUCCUUUUGAUGACUUAACAUGUAUUACAAAGAUGGAAACUAUGGAACCCAAGUCAUGGUGGGCUAACUUUGGUGCUCAAACCCCUCUUCUCCAAAGUUUAGCUUUUAAAUUACUUGGACAACCAAGUUCGUCUUCAUGUGCUGAGCGAAAUUGGAGCACCUAUUCAUUUAUCCACUCGCUUAGGAGGAACCGAUUGACUACAAGUCGUGCUCAAGACUUGGUUUACAUCCACAACAAUCUUCGGCUUUUGUCUAGGGCCCCUAAUGAUGUUGUAAAUACGUGGGAUGUGGGUGGAGAUGCUUUUGACUCGAUGGAAGAUGUAGGAAUUUUGGAGUUUGCUGAACUUUCAUUAGAUGAACCGGAACUUGAAAGCGAUUUGCUUGUUAACGUUUGAUUAGAUGUGGAAGAUAUGGGAUUUUUGAACUUUAUAUCAAUAUAUAACUAUUUUGGGGUUUUGUGUUACAUUAUCUUUAAUAUAUAUUUAUUUUUUUAUAUGUUUUUAUUCCCGUACCCGUCCCGUCCCCGCUUCUUAAAUUUUUUAGUUUUGCCGUUUCCCGUUCCCGUACCCGUCCCCGUACCCCGUUCCCGUACCCGUCCCAGUGCAACAUAGC